UGUUCGCGCUAAGUGAACGCGUCUCUCGCUUGCCGAAUUUAAUAUUAUCGCGUAUUGUAGUUAGAACUGUAUUCGUGUUACUUAUACAGUCCCGUUGUUCUUUGUUACGAUUUUUUUUAACUGUACGUGAAAAAUAAAAGUUUUCAAUAUUGAAAAUUGUAACUGUGCUGUUGCUGAGCUCCUGACAUGUCAUUGUAUUGUUUUUUCAGAUGGAUAUCGCGCACCCGUGGUGAAGAAUAAACAUGAAUUUUAAAUGUUUGAUCUUAUUGAUAGCGGCGAUAGUCAAAAUAAACGUAACGGAAAGUCGACGCGACGAAGAGAGGAGAAGAUGGAAAAACAACAGAGGCUUCUCUCAUCCCGUCAAUAUUUGCGACAUCCAAGAUAGAGGAUCUAAAGUACAUUGUUAUUGCGACACAAUAAAAGUAAAAAUGGCGACACGAGCAGACUGUUGGGUCUUCAAUGGCGGUAUAGCCGUAGACGAUCCGUUCUGGUCAACAUUUUAUACACAACCGAAUAUAGAAAAGCUUGUAUUCAAUGUCCGAGCCGAUGGUGGAUUAACGUAUAUACCUUCUAAAGUUAUUGCUAAACUUAAUCACUUAAAAUAUCUUAAUAUACAAUACGCAAACAUUUUUAAUAUACCAGCCUUUGCAUUUGUAAAUUCGACUACGCUAAGGGAGAUAGCAAUGCCAAAGGACAAAAUAAUGAAACUGGAGAAGAUGGCGUUUGCACAUCUACUAAUGGUGACGAACUUAAGCAUAGUAGAAAAUCAAAUAUCCGAGAUACAGCAAGACGUUUUCUACAUGCUACCAAAUUUACAAAGUUUGUAUCUAUCGAAAAACGCUUUGAGUCUGCUCUACGACGGUUGUUUUGAGCAUCUGAGCAAUCUAAUAAAAUUGGACCUCCACAAUAAUUUGUUGACCGUCGUGAUCAGAGAGAACUUCCAGGGUCUAUCUAACUUGAUUACGUUAGAUAUGAGGAAAAACAAAUUAACGAUGAUAGGUGAUUUGGCAUUCGCUGAACUUUGGAAUCUGCAGGAACUUUAUUUGGACGGCAACGAAAUAGAAUUUAUAUCGGAGAGGGGUUUCGGUGGACUGGGUCAGUUGAACAAACUUUCAUUAGCAGAUAACAAAUUGAAAACAUUGGAAAAUAACGUCUUCGGUGAUAUACAAAAGUUGACCGUUUUAGAUUUAAAAAAUAAUGACUUGGUAACGCUGAGAAAGGAGGUCGUUGAGAAGAUCUUAGAAAACAUGAAGACGCAUUAUGGUUUAAUCUCUCUGAACGGUAACAACUUGACCUGUGACUGCCGCUUAUCUUGGUUGCAUACUCUUUACAACGAAACACGGAGCAAGCGAUUAAAAAACUCAUUGAAGUAUUUAAACUGCAUCAUGGAUGAUAAACUUGAAAUAAGCUUAGGUAAAACAAUAGUUGUAAAUACUGAACAUUCGCCAAAUAUUAAACAAAUUGAUUACAGAAGAGAUUCCGAAGAAGAAGACCUUGAAUAUGAUAAAGUUUACGAUGAUGCUGUCAAAAAUAGAGAAUUAGAAACAGUAUCGCCUCGAAGGAAACUUCUGCACAUUCUAGAAGAUAAGUUGAUUUGUUCAAAUCGACUCCAUUCAGAGGAUACUUUUUCACCGCCUACGCAAGACGAAGUGAAAUAUUAUCAGGCAUCGUCAAGCGAAAAGAGCUUUUUUAAUACAUUACUAUUAGUUGUUUUUGCUAAGUACUUUUAGAUUUAGGCGACAAAGAAUUUUAAAACUGAUUAGAAAAUGUUAUUGAUAAAUAAUUUAAUAGUAAUAAUAACGACCAGUGUUCGAAUAUUCAUGGAUUAUUGAAACAGUCUUUCCAUUGAAUAACCGUAAGGUUUUGUGUUAAUCCGAUUUAAGUUUAGUAUUUUAUUUUGUAAUUACCAAUAUUUUAUACUUUCUAAAUAUAUAGUCUCAAAAAGGAUUUCUAAUUAUAAGUUUCAUCAUAUUUAUUUUUUAUAUUUAUAUCAGCUUUAGUGAGUUUUGCCAGUAGUUUUCACGCUUGGCAGGCGGUUAGAAAUCAGAUUUUCGUGAUGUUUUAUGUAGGAUGCUACUGCCUUACCUAUCUCUCUAGUAUUAUGUUUCCUUAGUUACCUCUUAAGACACCUACGAGAAAAAGAAGAAGCCCUUUCUACGCCAGCCAUACUUUUUUAUAUUGAUUUUCUUUAAUUAGUUAUUUAGUAUGUAGUUAAAUAAAUCUUUAUGUUCAAUAUUAUUAGUUUGUAAGUACCUAAUAAAUGCUUUGUGAGAAUUAUGCCCCUCAAAUAAAUGAAAUCGUUUUUUCCUGUUUGCAACAAUUUCUCGAAAUUCUACAAAGAAUUUCAUGGCUACGCAGAAUCGAGUUAUGUGAAUAUUAGCACCGUUUUUAGUUUACCAGCCAUUUUAAUCGUUUGUGCCUACUAUCCGAUUUCGAUAAACUAAAAUUGAAUCUGUACUAAAAUAGGGUAUACCUGACUUUUAAACCCGUCGUGUGCCUGAGUGCUGACCGAAUUCAGGCUACUUACUAAGAGACAAUUUUUAGUUAAUGCAUGUCUUAUGUAAGACUUCUCUAUAUUGUCCAAUCUAAAUGUAUUCCAAAAAAAGGCAUUUGCUAUCACCACUACAUUGGUGAUGGUAGCAAUUGCUUUGACACCAAAUUUACGAGUUUUCAUAUAUUAUUUAAUUAUCUAUUAAUAUAAUAUUAUAUAUAUAAUAUUUUUUAUUUAUAAUAAUAAUAAUACUUUACUUUACUUAUACUUUACUUACUUUAUUUGACUAUUUAUUACACCAAAACAUAGAAUUAUAGAAAAUUUAAGUGAAAUGCCGCCGCUAGUUUUACGGAAUGGGUUACGUUAGUUAACAUACUGUAAAUAGAUUUUUAUAUUUAAUGAAAUUUUUUUCUGAACAUUAAUUAUACUUGGUUAGAAUUGAAUGACUUGAGAGUCUUAUCGUUUAGUAUCUGUGUUGGUUUGAUUUAAAGUUUAAAAUUCAUUGUUUCAUACACCGAAAUUAAAAAGUAUAUGAUUGUUUACUUCCAACAUUCUUUAAAACUUUGAAUGUAAUUAAAAGUUUGGAGAAAAUAAAGAAAGAAAUAUAUUAGAUUGAGAACAAAUUUGGAAAUUAUAUUAAUUAUUUAUUUUAUACUUUAUUACACAAAUUAUAAAGUUGUGAAUACAGUGAAUCUUAGAAAUGAUACAAAAGGCGGCCUUAUCGCUAAGCAAUCUCUUUUGGACCACCUUUGGGUAGAGGACAUUGAGAAAUUAAAAAAAUAAUAUUUAAAAAAAUUUCAUCUAUUCAUUUUUUUCUUUAUUAGCCACAUUACAAAACACGUUUGGUAUAAAAGGCGGGUUUAAUUUUAUAUUAAACAUACUCUCCCAGUCAAUCUUUGGAAAAACAGUAAAAUAAUUAUGUGGUGAAAAAUAUUGAAAAUUGUUUUGGAUAAACAGUUACAGACGUAUCUAUAUUGACUUACAAAUUACAACACAUACAAUGGAGAACUACUGCACAAUAUGAUUAUAUAAAUAUACAUACAUGAAUACAUUAAACAAAUAUUACUUACAUAUACAAAUAAUAUAUUAAUAUUAAUACACAAAACAUACAUAUAAAUAUACAUACAGACACGAUAAUAUACUAUAAUACUAAUAAAGCAACGAUAGAAUUCAAAGGUGAUGACGAUGAUGAUGAAUUGCUUUCACCUCUUCUUCAUCUGAGAUUAUCACUAGACGUCACGGGCUUUUAUCCGUUACCUCAUUCGUAUUACCGGGAUAAGAAAUAGCUUUUAUCCUGCUUCAUCAUAUAUAGUACAUUUUAUAAUAAUUAUAUGUUAAAAUUUAUAGUGAUUGGUUACACCGUUAAGGCGUUAUAAGGUAACAAACAAAUACACUUUUACAUUUAUAACGUUAAUAAGGAUUAUUUCAGCUCUUAACUGUCCACUGCUGAACAUAAGCCUUCGCCAUAAGAGGAGUUUUUCCAGUAGUUGCCACACUUGGCAGGCGGGUUGGCAACCGCAGUUAGGCUAUUAGAGAUGUUUUAAGAGGGACGCUGGUGCCCAUCCCUCGCCCGCCCUUAGUCAGUUCUUACUACACCAACUAUUCUAUGCUGGGACCAUACGGCGAAUAGUAAAGACUAAACAGGAGGGAAUUGCACAAUCAAGUUUUAUAUGAACUGACCCAUAACUGUAUUGCAUCUUGCAGUUUACUUGAGAUUCUUGCUAACAAUAACUCGGGGCCUGGUCAUCCAAUUACGAGAACUUUUUCAAUAUCCUUCCAUAAACGUCGGUUAGAAGUCACUAUUAUAGAGAAUUUGCAGAGAGUUAUUAUUAUUAAAACUAGCUGCCUGCCCUGGCUUCGCAUGUCUGCCUCACACAUUCACUUUAUUACGUAAAAUUUUGUUAUUCUAAAAUUUUCACUUUUACAUACGAUUUUUUAAAUAUUUUCUUUCACAUAAACUUUUUCCUGAUUUGUAUUAAAAAAUACAAUAAUAGAAGAAUUAGGCAAAUAAAUGCGGCGGUUCUAAUUGAUGUUUAUUUUAAUAGAUUUUUUUUAAUUAUUUUUUUGGGCUUUUACCUUCUUCAGGUAUAUCAGUCCUAUCGUACCCUGAACUGAUUAUUUUAAUAGAUGUAAAAAUACAUAUUUUUAACAUCACCAAAAAAAAAAAUAUAAAAAAAAAAUAUAAUCAUGUUUAAAUAAAUAACCGUAAAUGUAUUUCAUAAUUUUUUUUUCAAAACUUUGAUUUUGAUUUGAUGAUGAUACUGUAAAAUCAUGGAUAUAAUUGCUUUUAAUUAAAAAGAAAAGAACAUUCAAGUUACAAAUUACAGUUUGUAAAAAUAAUGAGUAAAUGACAUAAAUGCAAAAUUUAUACAUCGUUUUGUAGCAAGUGUACAUAUAGUAUUUCUUUCAUAAAGCGUACAUAAGAAUGAAAAUAUACUUUUUAUUUGUUAUUUUCAUUAAUUGCUAAUAUUUAUUUAAUAUAAACUUUUUUAAAUGUAAAAAUUGUAAUUUUAUAAUUAUUCAAUCAAUAAAAUUGUGAUUAUUAUGAUUUUUAUAUUUUAAUACCUAAUUAAUUUUAAUUUUAAAUGAGAUAAAUUGUAUUAUACUGUUGGAGUAGCUAAUACAUAAGAUUUGUGGUUUGUAUAUAUGUAAAUAGUAAAUUAAGGGUAUAUUUAAAGUAUAUUAUAUAUAGUAUAUUAGUACACUUAAGGUAAUGUUUCAAAAUUUCAAAAUUCUGAUAUUUUACAUUCACACAUUUACUUACCAAUCUACUACUACAUCUUCACUUAUAAAAAUCAGUUUACUUAUUAAGCAAUAAAAUAAUUAAAUUUUUAAUAAGUUUAUUAUUUACAUAAGUAAAUAACAAAUAUGUAUAAAAAUUACAUUACAAAUUAAUUACCGGUAGAAUUUCUGAAUGAUUGUUCAGAAAAUAAUGGUUGUAUCCUACGAUUGAAGAAAAAUAUAUUUAAAAUUGGCUGAAUUAUGAUAGCCAGGUUAAGCGAUUUCAGAUAAGAGAGUAGGUAAGAGUUGAAGAGUCAAUAUCGAAUACUCUCGUGUUAUGUCACUAACUCGUAAUAAUAUAAAAAUAGCUUGUGAUAUAAAUAAAAUAUAUACGUAUAAAUAAUAUUAAUGCACCUUAUAUAGUAUUGUAAUUGAAUUAAGCGUAGAUUUUAUAAAUGACUUCCUAGUUUAGACUCGUGCCGUUAGUAUUUUGAUAGAGAGAAAUGUCUACCAAUGACAUUUUCUAUUGUAAAUACUCCAAAAUGUUUGUGCAAUGAAUAAAAGUAAUUGGGGUCCACUUUCAAUUAAUAAAAUUUAUAAUAUCGUUUCAAAAAAAGAAUAAAAGUUUUUAUCUAAUUUAAAAUUUGAAACAUAUUGUGAACUUUUAUUCAAUUAACUCAACAAAUUAUAAAUAAAUUAGAUUAUAUUCGUGUCCCUUUUUUAAAUUGUAAAUUCUAAAUUGUGUAAUAAUUAUAAAAUUGCUUUUGUUCACUAAUUGUUAAUUUUAAAUUCGUGUCUUAAAUAAUAUUGUAAAUAUUAAUUUUAAAAUACUCAUUAAUUUUGUAAUGUUAUGAAAUUUGAUAACAUUCAGUGUAAUUUUAAACAGAAUAGAUCUCGUUAUAUCAUUUUUACAAUUUAACUUAAUAAUAUUAUUGCAUAAUAAUAAUAAUAGAGUGUUAU